ACAUGUGCAAGUGCAAGUCAGUUCAGUUUUCAUUUCAGUAGCAGACAACCAGACUAGAAAUUGAACCAAAUUUAUAAUGGAGGGGAUUCAUUUAUAUUUUCAUUUUGGGUGAUAUUGACAAGUUGCGAUUACGCGAAGACUAGUUUUUGAAAGUUAAUUAUCCACAACAAGGCGGGGGCAAGCAUAGGCUUUGCUAUUAUCAGAUGCUAUGACUGAGCAGAUAAUAAGGGAGUGGCUGAGUGAAUUCGACUCGAUCACACCGGCCGAGCUCCACACAUUCGCCAGCACGGUGCACGGAAACAGUGACGUCAUCACUGCCGUGUACACCGUGCUCGAGGAACGGCACAAGUUUUCGCAUUUAACCGAAGAUGUAUGCAAGAGACUGUAUUCAUGUUACCGGUCUAAGGAGGUCGACCUUCAAAGAUUCACACUUCUAUUUCUUCCAACCCUCAUUUACGUCUAUCUCAAUGCGGUAGCUCACGGCGAGAAAAAGAACUGUCGUCCAAUCGAAGCAUUACUCCUUGGAAUGUACAAUGCAGAGGUGGUUGAUGACAAUGGACAAGCCAAGGUGAUAGCAUUCCGAUUACCCUCAUUAGCACAAGCUUCCAUUUACCAUGAGCCAAUGAGUUUGGCGCCGGCGUCGCUGACCGAGAGCGCACUGCGCCGCCUGGAGGAGUGCAACUCGUCGCUGGUGCGAUGGGGUCCACUGCCCCAGGUGGAGCGCAUCAUCGCCCAGAACCGGCUGACAGUGACGACGGCACUGCUGUUCGUCUACAACCGCCAGCUGAGUCAGCUGCCAAAGCAGGCGCUCGACCAGCUGUGCAAGGCCGCCUCCAAGCUGGUCACGCAGGGCUUCAACAAGCCCGGCAAGCGAGUCUCCUACAGCAGCGACGUGCCGCGUGUGCUGCCUCGCAUCCCCGUCACACCGCAGCUCUUGCUCGAACUGCUGCAUAGCGUCUAUUUUGCCAUGUUCAACGAUUACAGCUACGUUGCCAUUCAAGCAGUGGAAGACUUGCAUCAGCGCGCCUGCUAUCAGUGCUACACCGAUGUUCUUCUUGUAACCAAUGCCAUCAAGAAUUGCUGUUCACACUUUAUGCAUGCUGGUCAAACUAGUGAUGCGCCAAUGGGAAUCAGUAUGGCCAUAUCGCCAGCUACAAACACCACAACUGUCUCCAAAUCUAUGAUCACCAAUGCCUCUUUCAGGACGAAAAAAUUACCAGACGAUAUUCCAAUCCAAGUGCCGAAAGAAGGCGAAGGCCUGGGUUCAAUAUCGGAGGAGAAAGAAGAUAGCGGGGGGAUAGGUGGGGGGUCGGGGGGGAUAGCGCCGGAAGUGGCCACACGACGCAGUCUUCCAAAAAUGGCGGUCAGUUUCGGCAAGAAAACCAAAGAAAAGCUGACGAAAACGUCGAGUAGUGGCAGCACGAAGGGGAGUGGGGGUGGGGGCUCGAUCAAGGGUGCCUCGGGUGGAGGAGGAGGGGGAGGGGGCUUAGUGAAUGGGUCAGGUGACAUGUCGGAGCCGGAGGAGAAUGGCGACCUCGCGUCAGAGAUGACCGCACUGACGAUAUCUGAAAACGGCACCGACAUAUCGACGCCGAUAAACCUGCGCAAAGGGGGUCAGGGGGGGCUGGCGGGCAGUCAGUCCAUUGACAUCGAUGUCAGCCGCUCUAUGCAGGUCAGCUCUGUCUGAGUUCUGCUUCAUUUUCAGUUUCUACAACAGAAAAGCCAAUAAACUAUCAUCAAUUCCCCCUGAUUUGGAUCCAUCACCCAUCUACACCGUUCAUUGAUUUUGUAGUUUAUUGUAGUUGAUAAUAGAUCCAGUAUAUGCAUUCGUAAUGAAUUAGCCUUAUAUUUUUGUGAACAGAUAUACACAUAUUUUGAAAAACCAAUUUGUAAAAAUUAAGUUUUGAUGUAAUAUAAUUUGUAAAGUUUAUUUAUUUUGAAAAGACGCUGGUAAAAUAUUUUUGUUACCUGUAAGAAUCAUAUUAUUCUAAUGCAAUAACAUAUAUAUUUAUGAAUAUAGAAAUCACAUUCCAGGAUCAUCUAAUUCACGGAAUCAAUGAAAUCUUGCACAUCACUUGUAUAUAAGAAUAAUAUAAUCGAAUAAUACAUUCUACUUCAAUCUAUAAUAUUGGAAUGUACUUGCAAUACUUAUUAUAGUUAAUGAUAAUGUUAAUCUUUUUGAUCUUACAAUCUAUCAUAAAUUGAUAAUAAAAACUUACAAAUUAUAAAAUUUAUAAGAUUUAAGAGACUCGUAGUAAUUUACUCGUUUUUUACCAAUUGAUGAAUACAAGACAUUGAUGUGAUUCUUUAUUUAUAUCAACUCGUUCAAUGUUUAUAUAUCUCAUGACACGACUUCCUUUAAUGAAUCAUCUACUACUUGUUUUGUGCUAUUUACCAUGUCUAUUAUUUGAAACGAGUUGAAGCAAAAAGAAAAUCACUAGUCAAAUAUAACAAUCUUCGGCAAACACUCUCCUACAAUAAAUGGUUCGAGAACUUGGUUUUCAAUAAUACUGAAACCAUGUCUAAAAAUACUUUUAAAAAAUCUAUAUGAUUCAUGAAAGAUUCAUUAUAGUAAUCUUUUGUUGAAAAACAAAUAAUGUAUUCGAAAGCAUUGAAGCGUUUAAAAUUUUUAAUUUGAGUUCUUCCGUAAAUUCUUUUUAUUUAAAUGAGAUUUAAAUCUCGAUAUAUUCAAAAAUUGGAGAUUCAUCUUCAAAGCCUUUGCAUCAUACUAUUAUUAUUUGAAUAUUUUCUAAUAAUAAUAGCCGAUUGUACGUUUUUAUGUUUAUUGAAUAAUGCGAUAAAUAAGUAAUAUUCGCAAUUACUGCUUGUUGAUUCCAAUGUGAGUUGAACAAAAUUUCGUUUAUGAUCACUUUUAUGAAAUCGUUAUGGAGUGUGAAGCUGUACUGAUAACUGCAAUAAGUUUCCAAACUUUAUAAUAGUCUGAUAGAAAGAAGAGAAAAAGACAAAAAAAUGGAUAACAUCUUUUCCCAUGAUAUCAUGAAAAUUGAAAUAUUUAUUCAAUGCAUUCAAUAUAUAAAUACUCAUUCAAAUGAAUUUCCCGCGUUAUUUAAUGUUGAAGAAUUAGUCAUUAUUGUUGAAUGAACUUGAAAUUUAUAUAAAUCUUGUUGUAAUAAAUAUUUAUUGUUAUUGUAAAUCUUGUAAAGAUGAUGAAAUUUAGUUUUAAGAUCACUUGUUGAAAAUAAAACUGUUCAAUACAUUUAUAAUCGAUGUUCUGUACAGUUUUGCAUUUGCUCUUAGUGUGAAUUAGAGGUUAGUCAGUAUAAAUGGUAUUAAUCUUAUAGUAACAAUACUAAAAACUAUGGCCUUUGCUGUUCAAUCGUGUAGUAGAAAACUGAACUUUGUAUUCACACAAAUCCUUAUUAGCAACAAUAUUAUAGCAAUAUAGAAUUUAUAUGUACUGAAACUUCUUAAGAUACGUUACCAUUCUUCAAUUCGUUUGACUGACUAUGGUUGAUUAAUAAAGCAUGACGAAAACUUCACUCCCAUGGAAAAAAAUCACCGAUUUGCUUACUCUCUCAGUUAUCUGAUGAUUCAAUUUUGCAUGAAUAGUUUCAAUCGCGUUAUAAAGAUGAAUUCUACUUUUAACGUGAUAUAACUUUGAAAGUAUUCUAGUAAAUCUCCACUUGGGAGUCUUGUAACCGUUAAUUAUAUCUGUUGAAUGAUGCCAUAACUGUAGAAUACCUUGAGGAUUUCAGGGAAGUUCUUGUAAUGUAGCUUUUUUAACUAUUGCAUUGUACGAAAUUAGAUUGGCCUAAAACUAACGAAAACAUUGUGUUCAUGUUUUUCCUUGAAUUUUGUUCUCCAGAUCAAUAUACACAAUAUUAUUGUUGUUAUGUACAUGGAGAGGACUAAUUUUUUUUAUCUAAGACAAUUUUAAAGUGAGGUGAAAGACGAAAGGUUCCAUGUGAGCGAGAUUGAAGUUUAUGUUAAAAUAUCGUAUUACUUAAACAAUAAAUUGAAUGUUCUCUAAAGUUUUAUCCCAACUUGAAAUUCUGGUCAAUAAUCUAAUGAUGAGUAUUAAUAGAAUUUCACUUAUUCAAAAGUACAUUUUAAGUCAGUCACAUUGCGGUAAAGCAAAAUUCCAUUUGCUGAAACUUCCUUUUCCAAAGUAAUGGUGAGUACACACUGGAAGUUGUCAGUGGUCAGAGUGGUCAUGGAGGAUAUACAUAAUAGAUGCUUCUCCAAAGUCGGUCACUCACGAUCGUUCUAACAAGCCAACACGCAACCCACAAUGUCCCCCGAUUGGCUAAUUCUCACCAACACCUGAAUUUCAGCCAAUCGUUGGACAUUCCGCGUGGCUUGUUAGAACGAUCAAUAGUAACCACUGGAACUCGGAACGCCAGACCGCUCUCUGUGUGCACACACCCAAAGGGUGGUGGAGAGGCGAAGGUAGCUCUAUGAUUGAGAGUUACAUUUAAUGCAUGUAAUUAGAUGGUGGCGCGCACUCUGGUGGCGAAUAGUGGUGAACUAUGUGUGCCACCAUUUAUACAUUUAUACAUGCACCACAUUCAACACCCAAUCUUGAAGCUAUCUUCGCCGCUCCAACUGGUUUCCAUCCUUGAAUAGUACAAGGCAAAUGCAAAGUUUCAGCGUGUCAGUCAUAAAUUCAGAUUUUGUAGCAACAUAACUGUUGUAGCUGGUGUGUACACACAAAAACUAUAUUUCCAGUUCGUGUUGUCAUUUAUAGUAAACUUGGGGCCAACAAAGUAUCCUGUAUUGUCAGUGUUAUCAGACAGAACUAUUAAAAAAUCGCCGAUGCUUUUCUAUUCAUGUUGUUAUUCGCAUCAGUCUGAUCAAUGUGUAAACUACAUUUAAUAAAAAUUUAUGAGCGUCAUUAAAAUUGUUUACUUUGAUAACAUUGAAUCCUAAAUGCUCUGUUGGUCCUAAGUUUGCGAUAUGGUAAAUUUAUGCUAUGAUCAUGUUAAAAGCUGCAACAGCUUUUCCAAUGACUGAAACGCUCAAGUUUUUUCAUUUGCGUGGUACUUGCAGAGAGAGAGAAAGAGAGAGAGUUCAUGCAAAUGAAUAAUUUAGCUUCAUCAGCUAAUGCCAGCAUUGUUGUUACAUUGAAUAAUAUACUCAAUUACAUGUGCUUGCAUCACAAAGUCGUGAUUUCAAACAAUCUAGAAAUACCGUCAGUUGAUCGGCUGUAAGCUCUGGUGUUGACUUACUUUAUUCAGACUAUAAAUCAACAUUAUACAAUACCGUAGGCUACUUAUAUUAUACAGUACCGGUAUUUUUUACGCUUGUUGAGUUAUACAUAUUUAACAGAAGUAGGUACUAGCAUGAGUAUAUUGUUGAGGUAUAGUAUGAAUAAAUUUUUUAUUUACGAUACUGUUGUAAAAUUGAAAUACGAUAUCUAUUAGAUUAAAUUUAUCAUUUUAAAUAAUUUAUAAAAUAUAUAAGUAUGGCUCAUACAGAUCAAAACAACUUUACAUUCUUUUAGGAGAAUUUCCUCAUUUCGUGAUGCUCUUGAAAAUCGUGAUGUUCCAUUUAUUCAAGAAAUGCUAAUGAACUUGUUUGUGUAGUAAUAUUAUUGUUUGUGAUUAAUACGUAUACUGUUUAAGCCAUGCUUAGAGGAAGUAAAACAAUUUCAAACAAGUUGAGACUUGAAACCUUGAGUAUUUAUGAAUAAACGUCCUAAACUAAUUAGUAAUAGAAUAUACUGUACCUAUUCUUAAUUUUCAGUGUAGCUUCAUGGUUUAGUCAUUCUGAUUAUUUAAAGAAAACCAUAGUUUUUACAUGAACUUUGGAAGUUUGCAUUUAUGUACGAUAGCUAAUUGUAAUGAUAAUAAUGGUGGCAUUAUAAAAUUUCUGCCUUGAUCAUAAAAAUAGGUAAGUUUUCACUAUCUGGUUAUGCUUUUGGAAUAAGGAGAUGGAUAAUUGUAUUUGUAUUAUUAUUUGAAUGGUGUAGGUAAUAGAUCAAUAGUCAGUUAUUCAAAUAGCUAUUUUAUAUCACAAAUGUGUCAUUCACUACUAAUCAAAAUGUUCUGUACAUAUUGUUAUUAUUUUAUAAAAGAUAAUUACUGAGAAUCUGUUUCUUCUUUUUAUGUGAAGGUGAUGUUUAAACUGUAUUUAUUAUUGAAAUUUUUAUCCAUUAAAUUCCCUUUGGUGAUUAGCAAUAAAUUGGACAAUGAAUUAAUUCUAUUUUAUACAUACAUAUAGUAAAAUUUCAGUUGAAUGUAGCUAAAUUUACAAUAGUUUUAACAAUAGAUUCGAAAAUAUAUUGUUAUUGAUACAAUACGAUAAUAUUUUAAAAUUCCGUGAUACAAGAAUGAUCAACAUCUUGCUUAUUUUAAACAAAAAGUAAAUUGUUUUUCGUAUAUAAUUAUGAAAAAACUAAAAUAAUAUUAUUAAAAUAUUUCCAUCCAUUAAUUCCACAUAUAAUUACAAAAAAUAACGGAUUAUUUCAAGCCAGAUGGCCCUUUAGUUAACUGCAAUUUCAUUGUAUGUGUGUUGCUAUUAUAUUUAAAAAGAAAUGUUUUAUACUGUGUAUAGUUUCGGUGUUGAUUAGCUAGUACUAGACUGUGGUAACUAGAAUAAUUAGUUUGUUGUUACUUUUGUUACAAUUUAUAGUUUUAAAUUUUUGAUUGUAUGCUACGUAAUGAAUUGAGUAAAGUUACAAGAAAUCGCAUCUAAUAACUUGUUUUUUUUUUGUCUUGAAACGUAGGCCUAUACUAUGCAGGUCUUAGCAUUUGGAAUAUUAUAAAUAAUGUUCACAUUACUGAUCAAAAAGAUCAAACCUUUUAAGUUCAUGAAAUUUUAAAAAGUCUCCUGGCUAAUUUUUUUAAUGACAGAUAGUAAAGAUCUAUGAAAAACAUUAAAGCUUGGAUUCUUUGAGAAAGAUAAACUCAAACUAUAAAAGUAUUUUUGCUGAUUUGUUACCAACAUUUACCGAUCGAUCAUUCUUGUAAUUUCGCUCAAUAUUUGUUGAUUUGGUUUUUAUUCUUUGUAAUUUAUUGUUUCUGUCAAUAAACAAUAUAUUUUUACUA